CUGUCAAAAGUCAGGACAACAAAACAUUUGUAAACAAAUCUUCUGUGUUGUCCACAGAAAAUAGUCAUUUCUUUUCGUAUUUUCCGAUAAAUUGAAUCGCUUUUUCAAACAUGGGAUGUGAUGGUGGAACUAUUCCUCGCCGUGAUGAGCUGGUGCGACUUAAGAAGAAACCGGAACAGAAAGAUAAAGACGCUGAAAGGCAAUUCCGAUGGAAACAUUGUGCGCUGACUCAACAGCGACUACAGCAGCCGAUCGUGAUGUGUGGAUUAGGCAGACUGUACUCGAAGCAAAAUGUGAUUGAGGCUCUGCUGGACAAGGAGAAAAUGACCGAGGCUUGUGCGCAUAUCAAAUCGCUCAAGGAUAUCAAGAACCUAAACUUAACCGCUAACCCAGCCUAUGAUGAAACAAAGGACGACAAGAGUUCUCCCUACAUAUGUGCCCUGAUUGGACUUGAAAUGAGUGGGCAGUUCCGGUUUGUUGCACUUUGGACUUGUGGAUGCGUAUUUUCUGAAAGAGCGCUUAAGGAAGUCAAGGAAAAAGUGUGCUCGGUUUGUCAAACACCAUACAACGAUGACGACAUUGUAAUCCUCAACGGAACGGAAGAGGAAACUGAGCAAAUGCGCAUAAAAAUGGAAGAACGGAAUGUUCGUGCACGGUCAGAAAAGAAAGCUAAAUCAGACAAAAAGUCUAAGUCAAAAGCUUCUGCUACUGUUACAUCUAACGCCGCUACCGAAUCAGCUGCUGGUGCAACAUCCACUUCAUCUGUGGUUGCAGAAUCGACCAUUACUUCAUCUUCGAGCAUGGUUGAUAAAAAACUGUUGCCAUCUUCCGCAAAGGUUAAUGGCGAGGGAAGCAGCAAAGGUACCAGUAAACCAAUGGUUCCGAAUAAGCGUGCCCUCAUAAGCGACAAGAUAGGAGAAGAUCCAGUUUUUAAGAAGUCUAAGGACGAUUACAGUGUCGCUAAGGAUCCGAAAGCAUCCUCCGUCUAUAAAUCUAUCUUUACGACCCAUGAAAGUGAAAAAGAUCAAAAGCGUGCUCACUGGGUUACAUACAAUCCGUUCUAUAAUUGAACAGGUAUAAUAAGUUUCUGUACAACUAGGUAUGUAUAAAAUAUUUUACUUUCACAAACUAA